GGAUAUUCCGUGGAACCGCUAUUUCUGUGGUAGUGGCGGACCGGACUGUUGUUCUUCGAAUAUUACAUUUUUUUUUUAAACAAUUCUUAUAUAAUAUCUUUACUCUAUUUUCUUACUUCGAAGAACGAAGAUGGUGCCUACACCUCAGGAACCCUCGCUGAUUCAAUCGGAGAAAGUGGCUCCGUUAUCAGAUGGCGAUCGAAUCGUUAUUUCUGGCAUGUCCGGAGCUUAUCCCUCCGCGCAUAACAUCAAGGAGUUCUCCGAUAUACUCUACAAUAAGAUAAAUCCGAUAUCCAAUAAAAAUAUGCGAUGGGCAUACAAUCACCCAGAAGUCGCUCAUCAUACCGGCAAGAUUCCUCAUCUGGAACGUUUCGAUGCCCAGUUCUUCAAAGUACAUUUUCGGCUUGCGUGCAACAUGGAUGUGAUGAGUAGAAACAUGCUGGAACAAGCGUAUCAGGCCAUUUUUGAUGCUGGUGUGAGCCCCAAACAUCUCUCUGGAAGAAAGGUUGCAGUGUACGUUGGCUCCUGUUUUUCGGAAACUGAAAAAUCUUCCUUUUACGUUGCCAAAGCAAGAUCUGGAUUUGGUAUCGCUGGAUGCAACAAGAGUAUGUUUGCAAACCGCAUCUCGUACUGGCUUAACGCCAAGGGCCCUUCGUUAGCAGUGGACGACGCUUGCUGCAGCUCUACGGCAGCUUUAGAACAAGCAUUCCUCGCUAUGACUAGAGGAGAUUGCGAGGCGGCUAUUGUGGGAGGUGCUCAUUUGUGUCUUCAUCCUCAGUCUUCCAUCCAUUACGGAAGAAUAAUGACUUUAUCAAUGGACGGCAAAACAAGAUCUUUUGAUAAACACGCGUGUGGCUGUUCAAAAUCAGAGGCCGUUAAUGUUUUAUUCCUUCAAAGAGCAAAGGAUGCGUUGAGGGUUUAUGGAGAACUAUUAUAUGUUAAAAAUGAAUACCUCGGUUUACUCGAGGGUGUAUCGGGCCCGAAGUAUGGUUUCUUCCGUGAUACAACUCUCGCCUCUAACUUUAUGAAGACUGUCUGUAAGGAAGCAAAUAUACGGCCCACUGAUAUCGAAUAUGUGGAAGCUCAUGGAUCAGCUGUCCUGGAAGCCGAUAAGGCUGAGCUGGAUGCUAUAGACGAGGCUUACUGCAAGGGCAGGAAGGACCCGUUGUUAGUUGGCAGUGUUAUGUCCAACAUAGGAUACUGUGAGGCUGCUACCGGGAUAUCAGCAAUCACAAAGGUUUUAUUAGGAUACCAUACAGGAAAGUUGGCAGCCAAUCUCCACUACGAGACCCCGCGGGAUGAUGUAGACGCGAUCAGGGAAGGACGCAUACGUAUCGUGUCUGAACAUCAACCUUUUAACAGAGGCUACGUCGCCGUCAACGGCAUCUCAGUCACUGGAGUGAAUGCGCAUCUCAUACUUCAUGGACGAUACAAGCCCAAGGAUUUGAACCGGUACAAGUCUAACAUACCGCACUUGGUGACGAUAUCAGCGCGCCAGGAUACCGGCGUGCGUCUCAUCAUGGAUGAGUUGAAGUCGCGGCCCGUCGACCCUGAGCAACUGGCUCUCUUGCACAACAUACAUCGGACCAAGAUCUCGGGACAUUUGGGAAGAGGAUACAUCAUUCUUGACACAAAUGAAGAGAACAAGACAGUCACACGGGUGGAAAAGGCGGAGUACUUCGACGAUGCGAACCGACCACUCUGGUUCGUGUACAGCGGGAUGGGCUCCCAGUGGGCCGGCAUGGGCACGCAACUCAUGCGCAUACCGAUAUUCGCAGCGGCCAUAGAACGUUGCCACCGAGCGUUAAAACCGAAGGGUGUGAAUAUCGUGGAUAUAAUUACGUCCACCGACAAGAGCACUUUCGACAAUAUCCUCAACUCGUUCGUGGGGAUUGCCGCCAUACAGAUCGGUCUCACUGAUAUCCUACGGGAGCUCGGUUUUGUUCCUGACAAUAUUAUUGGUCACAGUGUAGGAGAGUUGGGAUGCGCGUACGCUGACGGUUGCUUCACUGCCGAGGAAAUGAUUUUGUCGGCAUACAGCCGUGGUCUUGUCUCUGUACAGACUCCAUUUAUCCGAGGUUCCAUGGCGGCUGUUGGCAUUGGCUAUGAACAGGUCAAAGACAUUUGUCCCCCAGAAAUUCAAGUCGCGUGCCAUAACGGCCCUGACUCGUGCACAAUCUCAGGCCCCGCUGAGAUCAUGAAACAGUUCGUCGACCAGUUGACGGCGAAAAGCAUCUUCGCCAAGGAGGUCCCGUGCUCUAACAUCGCGUACCAUUCGCGAUACAUCGCUGAAGCUGGACCCGGACUACUGAAGUAUUUAUCUGAAGUCAUCACGUCGCCGAAACCCCGCAGCGAGCGUUGGGUGUCCACAUCAGUGCCGCAGGACAAGUGGGGUGAACCUGCCGCGAAAUAUUCUUCAGCUGAAUACCACACUAACAAUUUGUUGAAUCCAGUACUGUUUGAAGAGACAGCUCGCCUGAUACCGUCGAACGCUGUGCUAGUGGAGGUCGCUCCACAUGGACUGCUGCAGGCGAUCCUCAAGCGUUCUCUGUCACCGUCGUGUAUCAAUAUACCGCUCACCAAACGCGGACAUGCUGAUAACGCUCUCUUCUUACUUGAGGCGAUUGGCAAACUCUUCAUGGCAGGUUACUGUCCCAACGUGUCAGUUUUAUAUCCGAAGAUUGAAUUCCCCGUCUCCACUGAAACUCCAUAUCUGUCACAUUUAGUGGAAUGGGCUCACAAUGAGACGUGGAGAAUACCAUACUUCAUAACGGCAGACAAGAACGUUGCGGCCGCGUGCACCUUCUCCUACAGCACCCACGACGACGACAACAACUAUCUUCAGGGAAAUGUCGUCAGAGACAAAACAUUGUUCCCAUUCUCUGCGGCCCUCAUAGCUGUGUGGGACACUCUCGCCAUGUCCACUGGUGUGCCUAAAAAGGAGUUAUCUGUACAAUUCUCCAAUCUAAACUUCUACGUGCAGCCAGUACUACACGACCGUAGAAAUCUGAAGCUGUCUGUGGCAAUGCAUAGAGGCACUGGACAUUUUGAGGUUUUGGAUGAUGAAUCAAGAGUCGCCACAGGCGAUGUAGCUGCACUUCAAACACCUGGUAAUAAAAAGAAUUUGCCAGAAAUUGAAUCAACGCCGGCUAAAGAAGCCGAAAAGUCAAAGGAAGUUUAUCUGAAAUCGGAGGACAUCUACCAAAUACUAUAUGAAAGGGACUAUUUCUAUAGAGAUCAAUUCCGUAGUAUCCACAAUGUUAACGAGACAUUCACGGAAGGUCAUAUAAUUUGGAAUAAUAAUUGGGUGACAUUUAUAGAAGGAUUGAUACAAAUGAGCACACUGAAGCACCCCUACGAAACCGUAUCGCAACCUAAACAGAUCCAAACACUGGUGAUCAAUGUUGAUGAACACGCAGACAAAAUGAUUAAAGUAGAUGAUAAAAAUGUGAUGAAAGCAACUUUAUCGGAUCUAUACGAUUACGUAAGUUGUGGUGGCGUUAAAAUAAAGUCCCUCAGGUUCCACAAUCUACCACCAGUUGUUCCAGAUGAUAUAGCAUUGAAAUCUCUUCAGUUUGUGCCUAGAUUCCAAACUGGAAAUGUAGAUUUAAUUUCUUCACUACAAGUUAACGUGCAAAUAGUAGCAGAGAAUGUGAAUAAGAAUACCAUAAAUGUAGUACAGAUAAAAUAUGAUAAAGAAGUACAUGCUAUCUAUGAUAAAAUAAAAGAAAUUCUUAGUGAUGUGCCCGGUGUAACUAUACAAUUUAAACAAAUAGAGCUUAAGCAGCUUUCAGAGGAACGUGAACUCUUGAACAAUGUGGAUCUUGUCGUAGUAAAAAACAUAUCAACAGAUGAAAACGUAUGCCAAUUGCUAUAUCAAAUUCUACAACGCGACGUCUUUAUUUUAAAUUUAGAAGACCACUACAAUACCUGUAAAGUGCGCCCAUCAGCACUUUACAACGUCGUAUCUGCACAUAAUUCAAAAGUUAUGCGAUUAGAAUUAGCAAGAUGGAGGCCAACAGAUACGAAAUCUCAAGUCACAGCGUUAUCAGUUCGUACGCCUUCAGAUAUACCAAUGCUAACUUCCACCAGAUCAUCGAUUCCUCCAAAUCACAAACUGUUAGUAAUAACGACGUACCCUCUAAUUCCUGGACUUAAAGAUUUAAUUUUAUCAUGGAGAAAGGAUGUUGAUCGCAAUCAAGUAUAUUUAGUGACGAUGAACAAGGAACAAGAAAGUCAGUGCUUAGACCAAAUGCCUGAAUUGGAUCUGGCAAUUAAUAUUUUUAAUAGUGGUGCGUGGGGUGGCGAGUACUAUGUACCAUGCAUUGAAGAGCCUCGAGCAAAUAGUGAAGUGAAGUUGGAGAUCUCUCGUUUUGGAGAUUUGAACUCGCUGCACUGGGUUGAGACGUCGGUACCUAAAAAUACAGGAGUACCAGUAACGGUUCAUUAUGCUGGCAUAAACAAUUAUGAUCUGAGAAAAGCAACAGCAAUUACUGAUAAGGAUGAUGGCAAAACAAACACGAAUUCAUUCGGGAUGGAGUUCAGCGGUGUUACUGAUACUGGUGAACGGGUAAUGGGCUUAUCACCCACUGGAGCUGUGAUGACCAAAGUGCGUGCAGUGCCAGAAUUAUUGUGGCCAGUACCGGCUCACUGGACUCUCGAAGAAGCUGCUACCGUUCCUUUGGCUUAUGCCAUCGCCUUCUACUGUUUGGGUAUCAAAUGCAAGUUAUUACCAGGAAAGUCCAUCUUGGUGCACGGUGGUACUGGAGCCGUGGGUCAAGCGAUUAUAUCGAUCGCGUUAAACUUCGGCUGCGAAGUGUUCGCCACUGUUGGCGAUGUCCGGAAGAAGCGCUACUUACGGAAACUGUUCCCUCAAAUACCAGAACGCCACAUCGGAAACUCCCGGGAUCACACGUUUGGUGAUAUGAUAUUGACAACAACGAAAGAUAGGGGUUGCGACAUCGUUAUUAGUUGUGUCAAAGAUAAAUUAAGAAAUACUUCCCUCAACUGUUGCGCACCCUGCGGCAUCACCAUUGACUUAUCCCUCAUUCCAAAUGAAGAGAAGUUCAGAUUUGGCAUGUCCAAUUUGAUAGACUGUAGACAUUACAUGCCUGUUGAUUUCUCUUCUAUAUUCUACUACAACAAGCAGGACGAAAUUAAGAGCAUCCAAUAUAUGAUAAGCGAAGGUAUAGAGCGUGGAUACGUGCGCCCAUUGUCCCGCAUCACGUACGGAGCGCAGGAGGCCGCGCGAGCCUUCCGCCUGCUGGGCGCUAGUCGACACCGCGGACGCGUGCUGUUGCGGCUUUGCGACUCAUUCCAAGCGCAGCCCAGGAUAAAGUGUUCCCCGGAAUAUUCUCAUCUAGUACUCUGCGACGAUGACUUCUUUGGGCUACAGUGGGCCGAAAGACUGGUGAGCCGCGGGGCGACGAAACUACGUUUGCACUUCUCAUCUGUUUCAUCAUACGUAUUUUAUAGAGUUCAGUCAUGGCAAGCGAAAGGCAUAGAAGUUCAAGUUUCCACUGAAGAUGUGAGCUCUUCGACCGGUGUCCAGUCUUUACUGGAAAACAGCAACAAGAUGGCGCGCGUAGAAGGCAUAUAUGUGAUGGCCACAACCGACAAAACGGACCAGAACAAAUUGUCAUAUUUGGACACGGUUUCGAGGAAAUUGUGCCCAUCACUGAAGUACUUCUGUGUGGUGAACACCAACGGUAGCGGACAGGAGACAUGCUUGGUUCGCGCCGCCAACAAUCUGCCUGCCACCAAACUAACUAUACCACCUAUCGCCAAAAAAGAUGUCCCCAGCACUCCAGAUACGAUAUCCUGGCGUAGCGGUGUAGAUGUAACGGAGCGUGCAUUGCGGACUGCACUCCCAGUUUUGAAGGCGUAUGCCCGACCAGUACCGCCACCUUCACUACUGCAGCAGAUUGUAGCUAUCGCUGAUAUUAAUUUGCCACCCAAUGUCGAGCCCACAACAACACUUCAGGACCUGAAGGUUCAAGAUGAGAAGCUGACAGCAAUUUCCUGCUACUUGAGUGACACGUAUAACAUUUCAUACGACGAAGAGCGUAUACCAUCUUUAACAAUACAGAAGAUCGCAGAGCUACAAGAAGUUCUGUUUCCAUCAGAAUUAAAGAAGGUCAAGGGUCUGCAUACGUUUUUCUCAUACGUAGACUCGGAUGAGCUUCUCGCUACCACCGAAAUGGUGUCUAUACCAACCCUCGCUAGCAGUACUAUGCGAGAAGAUGAAUUGGACACAACGCAAACCUACAUGUGCUGCGUGCCAGGACUUGAAGGUCAUCGCUAUAAGCUGCACAAACUGUGCGAUCGACUCAAGCUGCCGGCGUUAGUGCUCCAACAGGGAUUGGAUUGUAUCGGCGAGACCGUUCCUGAAAUGGCCGAAAGAUAUGCCAAGGUGUUACUAAAGAAAGCGGGCUUGAAAGACACCUUUUACUUAAUGGGCUACGAAAGUGGAGUAAUAAUAGCUUUGGAGAUAGCAAAGAUUAUUGAAAAACAAGGUUUGACUGGCAUGGUAUUUUGCGUGGGCGCAAGUCCUGAGGAUUUCCUGGAAAUGCUCGAAGACGAGUUGAGCGAAUAUAAAACGGAGGAGGAACUACAAGAUGCCAUCACUCAGCACAUGUUCACCCUCAUGGGCGGCACUACCACCGCUGGAGUCCAAAUGGACCUUCAUCAGUACUCAACUUGGCGAGAGAAGAAUGAUGCUUGUGUUAGAACGUUAUUGGGCCAUGUACCUCAUUCGGCACAGUACGCCCGUGCUAACAUCGAAGAAGCAUAUACACGUAUAUCACUGUUAAGGCAAUAUAAACCCAAACCGUACGCAUUGCAGUCGCAAAUUGUGCUGCUGCAAGCAUCUGCAAAUCACUCUCUACGAAAUACAAUACAACAGUACUCCCAGAAGCCGGUCAUAGUGUAUAACCUUGAUACACCCCUCGCGCAUGUUUCUAUAGAUCUGCGAUGCUCUAACCUUAUCAAUAGGCACCUGCCUGUGGAACUGCUCGAAGCUUUCAAUAGAAAGAACAUCUGUGAGACUUACAUAACCAACGCUGACACGUUCAUGAUGGAAGGUUAAAUGUUAUAAUGGGUGUUGGGGUGGACUGAUUAGAACCAAGUUUUGUUAUUGUUUUAAAUUAUGACUGAAUAUUAUCUGGUAAAUAAUAGCUCAUUGGUGUCUUGACAUAUUGUGGGGAAAAUAAAUAUAUUUCUAUAGUAUAAA